AGGCAGGAGGCGCGCAAAACGUGCGCCCAUUUUAGUUGCGAGUAACACGGUGUGGCGGCGAGCGCGAGCAGUGCUGCUAUUCCUGCGCCUAUGGCUAGUGCGCUUAGCUGCAGGCUGUUGCUGCUCGCCUUAGCACUGCCUCUUACGCAUGCUGGGUACGGCGUUCCUGCGCUACAUAUCUACAAUGGCCAUAUACCCAUUGAACAGCCGGCAGCUAAUGUUCCUAUACAACAAUUCGUUGUUGGACAACCGUACACUUUUGAGAUUUACAUGGAAGAUGUGGAACAUCAAGACUACAUUGUUGAUACCUGUUCUCUCAAUGGGAGAACAUUCAUUGACGGUAACGGAUGCGUGCUCUGUGGUGAUGGCAUUUUGUCGAGUGUAGAAACAGAGCAAUACGCAAGGCCUGGAGCUGUCAAACGAACACUUGUGCAUUUCAUUGCAAAAGAAGAAGCGGUGAACAUUGCCUGUAAUAUUCGUGUACUAAACUGUUACGGGUGCGCUGAGAGAUCCUGCGAAAGGCAUCCGGCCUUGAUGUAUCCAGCGGUUACGCAUUCAUUAGUCUAUCCUAUGGUUGCUCCAAGAGGAUCGUCAUUCCCUCUAUGGCUACUGAUUCUUCUGAUUCUUCUACUUCUUCUAGCUCUUCUUGCCUGUUGUCUAAUUCCAUUCCUUUUAUUGCGUCGACGUCGAAAAGCAGUCACGACUGUUGAAGAGAAAAGUAGAGGAGUUGGUGUUGGCACCGAAACUGCGAUUUUGAAAGAUACCGCUGUCGGUUGCAAGAACGUCCACCGUUCAUCGCUUGAUGCUGAAGCUUUUCAUCAUAUUACUCCGGCGGUCGCAGUUGGGGAUCGUGAUCGUGAACCUAUAACCACAACAACAGAGAUGUUUGCUGCGGAGGAGAGGCGAGUGCGCGUGACACCGAUGGAAGAAGACAGAGGUGGUUACUAUGGUAGAGAAAGAGAACGAGAAAGAGAACGAGAAAGAGAAAGAGAAAGAGAGGCUGAAGCUGGUUUCUAUGGAACAAGAGAAAGAGCAAGAUCAACGGAGGCAGAAGGCUUCUAUGGUACCAGAGAAAGAGCUAGAUCAUCUGAUGCAGAAUCUGGAUUCUACGGAUCAAGAGAAAGAGCACGUGUCACUGAGGAAGAAGAAUCAAGAGCUGCACAACUUCGCGAAAGUUCCGCCGCUGCCGACAGAUCCAGCUAUAGAAAUUACGCUUAUCAACGAGAUGUAGGAGGUGUCGCACCCGUUGAAGGCUUCGACGAAGUAGAGACGAGGGAGAGAAGGUACUGCAUGAGCGACGAUGACGAUUAUGAAUUGGUCGAAAAAGAUGUGAAGAGAACGCACACAUCUAGGAGACUCGUCAGAUCAACGAGGAUGAUGGCGGCUCGAUUGGAGAACGAUAUCGAGAGGAAGACGUUCAUCACGCCGUUUAUUCGCAAAGCUUACCGGUCUAGGAAGGAGUGAGGACAAAGUACUGAACUUGUGAGAACAAAUUUGGAACCAAUGCUUCUCCACUUAUUGUCAGUACAUUAAACAGCUGUCUUCGCCUCUAUCCGAACAUAGUGCUUUCUAUUUUCUUAUUUGUAUAUAUGUAUGCAUACUAGUGUAUGCUUGAAUUAUCGUGCCACAUGUGUCUUUCUCGAUGAGUAAGAUCUAGUCACACAGAGUUCUGCCGAAGUUUAUUACCAGAAUGACCGCUUUCUCUUGUUUGCAUAUUUUAUCAAAUAAAUGUCGAUGAUUUGGUAUAAUUAUA